AUGUACAUCUUUCUCCAACAGCACCGUCAGUCAUUCUACCAGAAAAAUAACGUCGUCUGCAACCACAGAUCCAACCAAGACCUCGAAAUGCCCAACCUUACUAUCAAGUCAGCAUUCAUCGCCAUGGGCAUGGCGCUCAACGCUGCGGCUGUUCCUCAGUGUGCUACCCAUGCCGACAGUCUUCCCGGCCACAUGUACGAGUCCAACAACCAUACUGGCUUGGGCAAUACCGAAAAUGAAGAGGUACACGUUACAACGUCAACAAGAGCCGUGGAGCUCGGCGUAGUCAUCAUGGCUGCUUAG